AUGGCCUCACUCCAGGGGAAAAAGGACAUGCGACGUGCCGACCUCAUCGUGCCCUACGCCGAGCCGGCCAAGGACAAGUCGGAUGGCGACAUGUCGAGCACAAUGGCAAGCACGCUGCCCAUGGCCGCUAUCUUCACCCGCAACAAGAUGAUCGGCUGGGUCUCCGUCGUCUUCUCUGUGCAGUCGUGGCUCGCCGAGACCCCAGAGCAAAAGAAGACAUCCACCACCCCGGCCUACUUCUCCGUCGGCAUGGCCGUCAUGUCUCUGCUCGUUGGCUACUCUUCGCUCAUUCUGCCGCCGCCGCCCGGCAGCAUUGGUACAGGUACAGGAACACAGGCAGCACCAGCCGCAACGCCUCCGUCAUAG